AUGUCGUUAUUCAUCGACCCGGACACCUUGCCACCUGAUUGGCAAGGUUUCGUCCAAGUGUGUUUCCUGAUGCUUGUAUAUGGGUACAUCCUAUUCAGCGCAUCCAACAUGAUCUCGGAUGGGUCGGAGCUCCUGCUGCUGGUUCCGUCGUUGGCUGGCAUCGUGGGUUCUGUCGUGCUUCCGGUGCUGGGCGCAGUCCCUGACGGCGCUAUCGUUCUGUUCUCGGGGAUGGGUGAUGACGCGCAGGAAGAACUUUCUGUCGGUGUCGGUGCUCUUGCAGGAUCGACCAUCAUGCUGUUAACCAUACCUUGCUGGCUAUAG